AUGGCUCCUUACGAAGCCCUAUAUGGGAGGAAGUGUAGGAGUCCUAUAUGUUGGAACUAUCUUAAUGAGUCGUUGGGAUUAGGACCAGACAUGAUUGAGGAGACUACAAAGAAGGUAAGGAUGAUCCAAGAACGUAUGAGGGGUGCGCAAGAUCAUCAGAAGUCGUAUGCAGACAAAAGGAGGAGAGCAUUAGAGUUUGAAGUAGGUUCUUAUGAAGUAUUGGAACGAAUUGGGGAAGUAGCCUAUAGAUUAGUCCUACCUAUGAACCUAGCCAAAGUCCACAAUGUCUUCCAUGUAUCCCAACUCCGAAAAUAUGUCCAUGACCCUUCCCAUAUCACACAACAUGAAACCAUUGAACUUGAUGAAACCCUUACCUUUGAAGAAAAGCCAAUAAAAAUCCUUGAUACCAAAACAAGAUGUACCCGGAACAAGGAAAUUAUGUUGGUCAAGAUAUUAUGGAUGAACCAAGAAAUCGAAGAAGCCACAUGGAAAACCGAAGUUGACAUUAUAAAGCGAUACCCCGAACUGUUCGAACAGGUUAUUGAUUGCGUGGGAGUCAUGGAGUGGACAAGAAGCCUCGAAUAUGAAAGAAAAUUCCCCUUUGCAAGGGAAAGAGCAGCAGAGAACUACUAUUGGGCAUUGGGAGCGUGCUAUGAACCCAAGUAUUCAUAUGCUCGUAUACUCCUAGCAAAAUUCUCGAUACUUAUAACUGUUGUGGACAACAUCUUUGAUUCAUAUGGCACCAUCGACGGAUUGGAUCUUUUCACUGAUGCCAUCCAUAGAUGGAAUAGUAGCUGUAUGAAUCUUGAUAUAUUCCAAGAGCUUGAACAAGAGUUGGCUCAUGAAGGAAGAACAUAUGCUGUUUCUUAUCUUAAUAAAAAGGAGGCAUGGGACAAAUUGCAAGUAAAGAAUCCUUUGAAUGGUUUUCUCAUAAAUCAAAGGCCAAGAAAGCAUCAGGUAUUCUCUGCAGGAUCAUGAACGAUAUAGCUGGGCACAAGGUUGGACACUCCUUUCUUAGUCAGUCUUGAAUGGGUUUAAGCUGCAUCAUGUACACAUUUUCUUAGCGAAUAGGGCUCAGGGCUUUGCGGUGGAAGCAAGGACGGUUUUGCGGUUGUGUGUCACUAAAGGAAAAGGAUUGGUGGUGGUGAGUGAUGGUGUCUCCGGUGAGAGGGAGG